GUUCAUGCAUACAAAGAGAGUAACAAAGCUUGAAGUGAGCAAGUGAAGAGCGGGAAAAAAAAAAGAGAAAACAAGAAAAGAGGUAGAGAUGAAAAUUGAGAUUGAGGAAGUCAGCAGCCAUGAGGCACUUCCCCUCCUCUCAUUGAAUCAUGUAUCAUUGCUGUGCAGAUCAGUGUGGGCUUCAGUAAGGUUUUACGAGGAUGUUCUGGGCUUUGUUCUCAUCAAACGCCCCUCUUCUUUCAAUUUCAAUGGAGCCUGGUUGUACAAUUAUGGUAUCGGAAUACAUUUGAUUGAGAACCCAUCAAUUGAUCAUGAGUUUGACACCAUCGUCGAACCACGUCCGAUUAAUCCCAAGGAUAAUCAUAUGUCCUUCCAAUGCACCGAUGUUGGCCUUGUCAAGAGGAGGCUGCAAGAAAUGGGAAUGAGGUAUGUGACUGCUGUGGUGGAAGAAGAUGGCAUCAUGGUGGAUCAGGUGUUCUUUCACGACCCAGAUGGUUACAUGGUUGAAAUCUGCAACUGUGACAAUAUCCCAAUCCUUCCUCUCUCAUCCUGCCCAUUGAAGCCGAGAAUGGGAAGUUUCAAGAAAGCAGCACCAAGUAACUGUGGGUUCAUGGAGAAAGUGAUGAUGGAGAGCUUGAGCAUGGAUAUGAUGAACAUUUCAUUUUGAGUCGCAGAAACAAUGAUCACUGAUCAACAAGUUGGACUUGUUUUUGCCUGUCAAGAAAAAAAAAUUAUAAUUGUCCUGUUGCAAAUGUAUUUUACUAUAGGUCCUGUACGUUGCAGGGUCUAGUCUUGGGUGAUGAAGAGUGAAUAUUUUGGUCAUCUGGUACUUAAUCUUUAAUAAUUAAAAUUGCGUGAUUGAACAAGACGCAUUCUGUCUGUAAAAAACCUGUGAGCCUAGAUGUGGCUUUUGCAUGUCGAAGUGAAAAUACAUGGUGUCAUCAAAAGUUUUUUUUUAUUAUUAUUUAAUGAAUUCCUGUAAUAUGUCCAGUAUUGAA